AUGGCGAUCUCAAGAACUCUUGCCCUUGCCUGCGCGCUCCCGCUCCUCGCUCUCCUCGUGACUUCACACUUCGUCAAUGUCUCUGCUGACAUUUCUCUCGUGGGAUUCUCCUCCUCUGACGUCGUUAGCUAUGCAGGCGAUUUAACCGACUCAGGUGCGUCUGUGUCGUCGUUAGCAUCGUCGACGCGGCGCGUGUUGGACGACGACGACGACGAGGACAAGGCGAAGAAGGAGGCGAAGAAGAAGAAGAAGGAGGAGGAGAAGGCCAAGAAGGAAGCGGAGAAGGCGGCCAAGAAAGCUAAGAGCUCCAAGUCGCCCCCUGCUUCCCCCGAGCCCACGCCAUCCCCGCCGCCCCCGCCCUCCCCGUCCCCCGACACCACCACCACCAAGUCCCCCAAGACCCCCAAGUCCCCCAAGUCCCCCAAGACCCCAAAGACGCCUGUCGGCGCUUCUCCCCCCGCUUCGCCAGCCCCCAAGUCCGGAAAGUCCCCUAAGACGCCCCAGGUCCCCCCGGUGGGCGCGAAGGUGCCGCCGAAGAAGGUGAGCGCGGCGGACACGGCCGUGAAGGCGGACCUGGCGGCGGCGGCGAAGUUGGUGGACGAGGCGAACGCCGUGUUGACCGUGAAGACCUACAAGAAGAGCUUGACCUACACGGCGCAGGCGCUGCGCAAUGCGGGCAUUCUGAUCGACCAGGGGCAGCGCACGCUGGUACCGGGGCAGAUCACCAACGCCAUCUCCACCAUCAAAGGGGUCUCCGUUAUGCUCAAACCCGCUACCGAUAAGGCCACGCUCGGCCUGCUCAAGUCUGCGCAAACCAAGGCGGAAUCCGCCCAGGCCGCCUUCAAGCCCUAA